GAUGUAAACAUUGUUAUAAUACUUGUCUGAGCAUGAAAUGUGUCAGACACUUACAUUUUGUGAAAGAAAGAAGUGCCAUUUUACUAGAGUUUUUAUGUUUAGUCGAAAAUUUUGAUUCGGAUUGGGGCGUCUAGUUAGUUGUUACGUGACGAAAUCUCAGCCGAACACGUUUGUAGACGAACGCGGUCUUUUUGAGAUUUCUCGUGUGGUAUUCAAACUGGCUGUAGCAUUUAUUCCUAGUUAAAACCGUCCCAGAUUACGAUAUCCUUUAUCAAUAAACUUAGACCAUGCUUGUUAUUUUUAAAGUAAGGGUUUUGUCGGGGAGCGACACAGUCGUUCGGACUGUAUUCGGAACGAAACGUGCAGUUGUUUAAUGUUGUGGGAAUUCGUGUUUGGCUUUCAGUGCAUUACUUUAAGGCCAUUUUCCCCUUUCCAGCUACUUGCAUAGUUCCGUUCUCUUAAACUUUACUAUGAUUUUUCUAGUCCUCUAUCCAAGAGAUGGGGAUCGUCCAGAAAGCACAACCGCUUUUCUCAGAUUCAUUUGGCAAUUUAGGUGAGCUCGGCGCCUGCAACACUCAGAGUAGGCAAUCCCGCAGUACACGCAUGCACUGCACUCAAGAUUUUGCCUACCUAGCAGGCGCUAUGGGAGCAUGCAAAGGCUGAACAUUGCAGGUUCGAAACGGCGAAUGACGGACGUACUUUCUGAAUGAUCAGUAAACCCAUCGUAGAACCCAAUUUUUUUUUUUGAAAAAUGCCAAAAUCUGAGCAAAAUUUUAAAAAUUGCAGAGCAACUAACUUCCCAAACUUUUCCCUUCACCAUUUUCUUGUAUCUCGAAGGUACCAAAUUUCGAGCAAAGCGUGGGACCAAAAUAAGACAGACAAAACUAAAUCAAAAAUAAGAAUCACGAAAGGUAACUUGUUUCCCAGGUUAAGCAUUAGGCACCAGGCUUCCGACAUUCAGUUUAUUGUUAAUCGAAAUGAGUGUAAUCAAAAAGAAAUGUAUUUAAAAAUAAUCUGCACCCGCGCUUGUCUUUUAUUCUUUCUAUCGGAAGUUCGAAAUUGGGAGGUCAUUCCGCUGCUGCGCAGAGCCCUGAUCUGGACUCAGUCCUUUGCGUUAUGAAAUGGGAACUAAUUAGGACUAUACCGGGUGCUUCUUUUAAUGGUGAUCUAGUGUUGCGUGAUUUUACUAACUACCUGGAGCGGAAGGGAAUUGGUGAAUUGGUGCCUUACUGACGACUGGUAGGCAAAACCGCAACACUGGAGCGUACGCAAUUAAACACCCGGUAUAGGGUGGGUGCUCGUAUUAGGUAGGCUACCCCGCCGACAGAACGGGCCGGUCCCCGAGCUUGGCCGCGUGGUGACGGAAAGGGGACGGGUAGCGCGCUGGCUGCGCACCUGCGUACCUGCCCGAGCAGCACCGGUCUGGUAAUGCGCAUGCAAUGCGCCUUAAAGGGUAACACAUUUUAGAUACAUUUAAUGUGCAGUACCGUAUUUGAUAGCACGUAACGCGUAAUAAAAUGUAUAAAUGCCUCAAAAAUCUGUUGCCUUUUACGCGCCAUCAUGCGCACUGCCGCAUUUAACCCCCCUUUAUGUGCAUGGGUACUACUUGGGGGUUGGGCGGGCUCGGGGGACCGGCCCCUUCGCCUUAUCCGUGAAAUCCGCUGAUAUCAGCGAUAGUUUGACAUGUUUGGCGCCUUCAAUUUCCGAUCAAAAACUUAUGAGCUUGUUUAGACGGCCAUCAAAUUUUAUUCGAUCGACUGUCAAUGUCGACUACUUUCUAUACCUCUACCGCUGCUUUUGCGUCAAAUUGACCACAACUUGGUUGAACAUUGCUCGCUGGGAUAUUCCCAAGGCGUUGUGGUAUAGUUGGGCCUCAAAACGCAUCCCAGCGGUGCGUCCUCGACCCCGGGUUCAUUCAUCGAAAGUAUAUUCGACUAGGGCUCUAUGGCUACAACUGCCCUAAGCUUGCGAUGAGUCACCAGUACCACUUUGUUACUGUUGUAUAUGCAUAUUCUGAUUAUUUCCCUUUCUAGUAGAUGUUAAGACGAUAACCUCAUAGCAUUACGAUUCACUGUAGGCUUGUAAUUAGAAUUAUAUUUUUGAAUUUCGCGUCUUACAAAAGUGUGCUCUUCCAAUAUUAAUUUUGCUGUUUUGGAAUGUGAAUGUUAGACUCAGUUUGUAGAACGGGUCGGGUUCUUUUUUAAAGAGCUUUAAGUUGGUGUAAAACGGUGUGUAUUAUUCAUGCCUUUAGUGCCAUAGAUGUGUUCUUUUUAAAAAAUUAUUUACUGAUCUCAUAUUAUUUACUCUGGUAAGUUUAAUUUUUGUUUGAAGCAAGAACAUGGUGUUAAGUAAUAUUUUGUUUUCAAAAAUGACAUGACGAAGUCAUAUCUAGAUUGUACCGGGUGUAACUGAGAAUGCGCAACAGUGUUGCGGGUUUGCCUACCCAGUUAGCCCGUAAGGCGCCAUGACCCCUGCAGCCCUGGCGGGUAUGCAAUCCCGCAACACUGUUGCGCAUUCUCAGUUACACCCGGUAUAGCUACUAGCCGAUGUGCGGCAUUUUAAAGGUAAAGGCACAGUUAAUUGUACAACAGAUUAUACCAUUGUUAUGAGAUAAUUGUGAUGUUAUCUUAAUUUCUUACCUUAUAGUUUUGAAGUUAAUUGUUAAGGAGUGUUUAAGGGGUUCAUGUGAUAUAUGGGAGUGGUUGAAAUGGAAUUACACUGUUGUCAAAUUCAGCUGUCUUGUGUAAUAUGUUAAUUUGUUCAGUCGUUUAUGCCAUUUGGGAUCCUAGGCGUUUAUUCAAAUACGAAAUCUAUACGUUGGCGAUUAGUAUCCGGCGGUUACGGCUAUUGUUGAAAUUUGACUUAUAAAAUAUAAAUACUAUCUUGACCAUUAUUUUUUUUAACUGUUUUGGUGAUAUGUUAGCCACGAUGUGGUGUGCCUUAAAAAUAUAUCCCUAAACAUUAUAUCCAAUUCGUUAAAAGAAAACGUGUUGUUGAUUAAAAUUUUGCGCGAAACAAACUUAUUGUAGCAAAUAAAAAUGUAAGCUUAAUUUUGCUUGAAUGUACGUACUGCUGCUAAGUUAUCUUGGGCUGGCACUGCAGCUGUGCAUACAACAGCUAUCUUCAAACUCCUCUUUUACUUUCAAGAUGUUAAGAGUAAUGCCUCCACUAUGUCUGAAAAGUGGUAAACCGGCUGGCGCUGGCACUAAGCGUGCUGCUGAUCUAGCACCGCCGUAUUAGUCGUGCCAAUUGUUGAUAAGUGUCUCGAUACCUCGCAAUCGACCAUAUGUGUAGAUUUAAAAAGCGUCUUUUGUAAAAUCAAGAGUACGUGAUACAGGUGCCAAAAUAUGAAUAUCAAAUGAAUUUCUGUAAAAGCUUUGUCAGUUUCCACUCUGGACUAGUCUUUACCCCUAGAAAUGGAAUCAAGAGGAUCCCAUCAAUUUCUGUCAGCAUAGCGAACACUCUUGUUUUCCUCUCCUGAAACGGAGAUCGUCUAUACUUUCGCUAUCGGCGAACAGAGGGGUCAGGGGCACGGGCGAGAACUUGCCUUCAUACAGGAACAAAAGGCCAAAGGGGCUCGAAUUCGAACCUUUUUGAGAGGGACCGCGGGUGGGAAAUUCCAUCUUCCCAUUCUGGCUUGUCCGCACCUGGUGCCAUAGCCCGGAUUCUAUCGUGUUUUUUUUUUUGUUUUUUUUUUGUUUUUUUGUCUUUUUUGGCCUUCGUGAACGCUUCAAAUUUGCUUUGUUCUGUACUGUAUCCACAGCAAUUUUGUCAUCGUUCUAGAAUUCAACGAUAGGAGUUUCCACGCAGGAAAACUAGAAACUAACAUAUCUUAUGCUGUCUUCUUUCUUAUCCAAUUAUUCUUUUCUUCAACCACUCGUUAUAAUAAACCACUGUUAAUUAAAGCUUCGACGUAAUUUUCGGUGUUUUGUAAACGUUUUCUGUAGGAAAAUUCCUGCUUUAGCUCGGUUGCAUGAUAUCUAUUGAACAGACCAUUUACAUUAAGAUUUACUGCGUAUUUCGUUAAAACGUAAAUGCUCUUGUGUUAUAUUCGGUAUAUAUUAUAUACAUUUAACGUUACACAUAUAUCCUAUAUAUUCGUACUUACUAAACUUAUAAAUAAUUCCAAUUUUAUGCAAAGGAAUAUGAUUCCUCCCCCUGUUCUGUGAAAUUGAUAAGACAUUCAGAGUGUAUCGCAGUUCACAGUCACUCCAACAUAUUUUCUCCCCGUCAAAUGUACAAAACUAUCACUUAAACCUGAAAUGUUAAGUGUUGUCGUAUUGACUUCAGCCAUAUCUAAGUGAUAUUAAAAUAAUACCCUUUGCAUCUCGAAAUAUAAACUCAGAACUCCGUCGCGCCUUUACCCUUUUUUCUCUUCCUUCUACACACGACAUUAUAUCUCCGUACACCUUAAACCACAAAAAUAUCUAUUGUUUAUCUAAACACCCGUGCCUACCAAAGCACUCAUUGUUUCUUCAUUUUCUUGCUGAAACCAGCCAGCCUGUUGUUCAUGUUCCAGACGCCCCCUCACCCCCAGCUCCUUGGUGACUCCCUCCUCGCACCCCCCGACUGGCCUCCCUUGCUAUUCCUCUCGCCGGGGAGUGACCUGCAGCCCUACCCUACAGGCUACCAGUCAGGGUACUCGACAGGGUACCAGUCAGGGUAUCCAGUAGGCUACCCGGACAGGACGCGCAAGGCCCUCGGCUAUGAGCCGGCCAUGGGACACGAAGUGGACCACACCUUGAGCCACCCCAUGGACCACGCCGUGGACCACGCUGUGGAAUAUACCACGGACUAUCCAAUGUGGGCCCACCGAAUAGUGUACCCCCCCGACCCCUGCUCUCCGCCCUACUCGCCGUUCGGCUUCUGCGACUACAGCGUGCUGGACAUGAUGCCGCUGGCCAGGCCCGUGGCCGCCGUGGCCGGGCUGUCCGACCCGGGCUCGCCCCCCUCAGGUCCCCCAGGCCCCUCCCCCCCAGGCCCCCCGGCCUACGCUGAUCUCACCGAGCUGCACCCCUACAUGCAGCCCAUGCCGUACCGAACACCAAUGGGGGGCCCGUCAGAUCUCGCCGACAUGGAGGCUCUGAUUAAGCAGGAAGACUUCAGUGGCCAAGAGACUGAGCACCAAGCUGCACUGCGCCGCAUGAUGUGCAGCGAGCCAGUGAUCAUCCAGGAGAACGAGCGGAUUUGUGUAGUUAGGGAGUCGGGACCCGCGCGUACUUUUACUGCAAUGUGAUCUCGUCCCCCUUGCUCUGUACAAUUACCUUUACUGUGAAGGGACCCGUACUGAUAUUAAUUAUUUUUAAUCCAAAGAAACAAUAUUUUAAAUAGUCACUUGAAACCAAGUACCUUCAUUUAUUGUGAUUAAUGUGCCAUUUUUUCUGGCAUCAAACGUAAACACAUCACUUUUUCUUCAGAACUACUCGUAGUAAUUAUUUCUUCAACUUAGGUAUUAUUGACUCUUACACAACAGCCUUGUUCUGAUGUUGUACAGAGAAUCAUUGUAAUUUUUAUAAAUGAACUUCAAAAUGUCAGAUUUAUGCUGAUAAUAGUAUAUUUUAUUGUUAUGAUGUAAUAAAUAUUUUUUUCAUUUAA